AUGGCUGACAAAGGACUCGAGGAGGUUCCCGAGAGCCAAAUCGAGUCGAACUACGAUGAGGUCACCGACUCCUUCGAUAGCAUGAGCCUGAAGGCCGAACUCCUUCGAGGAAUCUAUGCCUACGGUUUCGAACGCCCGUCCGCUAUCCAGCAGCGUGCCAUCAUGCCCGUCAUCAAGGGCUCCGAUGUCAUCGCUCAAGCCCAGUCCGGUACUGGCAAAACCGCCACCUUCUCCAUUUCUGCGCUCCAGAAGAUCGAUGGCAACCUCAAGGCUUGCCAGGCCCUCAUCCUUGCUCCCACUCGUGAGCUCGCCCAGCAGAUCCAGAAGGUCGUUGUUGCCAUCGGUGACUUCAUGAACAUUGAGUGCCACGCCUGCAUUGGCGGCACCAACGUCCGUGAGGACAUGAAGGCUCUUCAAGAUGGUCCUCAAGUCGUCGUCGGUACCCCAGGUCGCGUCCAGGACAUGAUUCAGCGUCGCGUUCUCAAGACCGACAACAUCAAGAUGUUCAUCCUCGAUGAGGCUGACGAAAUGCUGUCCCGUGGUUUCACUGAGCAGAUCUACGACAUCUUCCAGCUCCUGCCUCAGUCCACUCAGGUCGUCCUUCUCUCUGCGACCAUGCCUCAGGAUGUGCUCGAGGUCACCACCAAGUUCAUGCGCGACCCCCGUGACUUCACGGUCUCAGCGAUGCACGGCGACAUGGAGCAGGCUCAGCGCGAUGUCAUCAUGAAGGAAUUCCGGUCCGGCUCUUCUCGUGUUCUGAUUGCCACCGAUCUCCUGGCUCGUGGUAUCGACGUCCAGCAGGUCUCUCUGGUCAUCAACUAUGAUCUGCCUGCCAACCGCGAGAACUACAUUCACCGCAUCGGUCGUGGUGGACGAUUUGGCCGAAAGGGUGUUGCCAUCAACUUCGUCACCGCUGAUGACGUCCGAAUGAUGAGAGAGAUUGAGCAGUUCUACAGCACUCAGAUCGAGGAGAUGCCAAUGAACGUUGCCGACCUCAUCUAA